AUGCCCCUGGAUCACUUCCGAUUUCCAUGGCUUAUCCUACAAGAUUCCGAUUUACAUUGCUCUCAAAGAUCAGCAAGAAGAUCUACUGAAGAUCAUUUUUUGGCUAGAAUUUCUGAUCUUGGCGCCAUCGAUUUUGCUGAUGUCUUGGCUGAUUUGGAUGUUUACCAAGAUCUCGCUAUUUCAUCGGAAUAUUUUGACACUUUUGCAUUUUCAAUGUGCACUUUUUGUUCUGGCGGGGGUGGCCAGGUUUUAUUUAUUGAUUUUGCAAUUGGGUAUUUUGAGAGGUGAGUUUGAAGCUGGAAAAACUACGACGCUCCGCGUUUACACCACUCAAAUUGAGGCAUUUUGAGCUGAAAUAGAGUUUGUAAUCGUGAAAAACUACGAUGCUCCGCGUUCACUCUUCAAAAACGCUGUGCAAACGAUCCUCCAGGAUUACAAGGACAAAUUUUCUUAUGAAUCAAUUUUAAUUCAAAAGUGUAAACGCGGAGCAUCGUAGUUUUUAAACAAGAUUUUUCUCAAAAUCAGUCACUGUCUGCGGAUUCCUAGGAAUUCUAGUUUGCAGCUGCAAAUUUUAAUUUCAAAAAUUUUGAUCAACACCCACGAAAAACUACAAUGCUCCGCGUUUACACCUCUCAAAUUGAGGCAUUUUGUGCUAAAAUAGACUUUGUAAUCGUGGAGAAUCGUUUGGAUGUAGAAAAACUACGACGCUCCGCGUUUACACCACUCAAAUUGAGGAAUUUUGAGCUCAAAUAGACUUUGUAAUCAUGGAGCAUCGUUUGAAGAUAGAAUAACUACGACGCUCCGCGUUUGCACCACUCAAAUUGAGGCAUUUUGAGCUGAAAUAGACUUUGUAAUUGUGGAGCAUCGUUUGAAGCUUGAUAAACUACGAUGCUCCGCGUUCACUCCUCAAAAACGCUGUGCAAACGAUGCUCCAGGAUUACGAGGACACAUUUUCUUAUGAAUCAAUUUUAAUUUAAAAGUGUAAACGCGGAGCAUCGUAGUUUUUUUGUGUUCAGGAACUAGAUUUUUUCCAAAUUUUCUACCGCUUCCUAGGAAUUCUAGUUUGCAGCUGCCACGAAAAACUACAAUGCUCCGCGUUAACGCCUUUCAAAAUCUAGGUGUUUUUGACCCUGUAACCAUGGAGCAUCGUAGUUUUUCGAGUUCCAAACGAUGCUCCGUGUUUACGCAAACUUCCAGAUCCCUCUUCAACCCUUCUAUUCAUCUCAAGUCUAACCCGCAUCGAAUUCUACGCUUGCGCAAUUUGUGGAGUUCCCCUAACUGUCAUCGAAAGACUUCUAGCAACAAUAUUUGUGAAAGAUUAUGAACUAAAACAUCGUCGAUGGAUUUGUUUGAUAAUAAUUCCCGGAAUCUGGAUUCUUGCUCAAUUUCUCGUCAUUCCUUCGACUUUUCUUGAAGAAGUUCCCAUGAUUUUUCCAUUAUCUCUGAUUGUUUUGAUUUUUCUGAUCUCAAUCAUCAGUUUCGGAUUUUUAUAUCGAUUUAAUAAGCGAAAAUUGGAACUGAUUUUGAAAAUUCAUCCGAGGUUUUAUAGUUUGAGCAAGAAAUUUCAAUUGGAGGAAAAUUUGAAGGUUAUGUGGGUGAGUUUUGAGAAGUUAACAUGAGCAAUCGCCUGAUUUUUGUAGAAAAAAGGUUAGAGGGUUAGAGACGCAGAGUUGUACGGCUAGACACUCAUAUGGUUAGAGGCUCAGAGAAACAGAGGUGUAAGGUUCGAGACGCAGCGUCAUACAGUUAGAGAGGCAGAUUAAUAUUGUUAGAGACGUAUAGGUUUAGAGAGUUAGAGAAGCAGAGUCAGGCAGUUAGAGACGUGGAGUGAUAUCGUUAGAGACGCAGGGUUAUUCGAUUAGAGACGCAGAGUCAUACAGUGAGAGACGCAGAGUUAAAGUGAGAAAAACUACGAUGCUCCGCGAUUCCAUCAAUUUGAAGAGCGUAAAAGCGGAGCUUCGUAACUUCCAACUAUGAGUUUUUCAGCUCAUCCGCUCGAUUUCAAUAGUUCUAUUUAUCCUAACUCUAAUCCUAAUCCUAAUUUUGAUCCUUCCCUCAAUCGGAUCUGAUCAGAAAACCCUAUAUUCAACGGUCGACUUGAUUUUGGCACUGUAAGUUUUCCCAGAAAUUUUUUUUUUCAAAUAUUUUUCCCAUAGGUCCUCAAUUCUGAUGCCGUGCGCAAUGAUUUUCUAUCUCCGAUCAACUCGACAUUGCGGAUUUUUGCGAAGAACCGAUUGGAUUUUUCAGUUUCGAAGAAAGGUUGGAGGAGUUAGGCGAACUCAUCGAGUUACCACAACUCAUUUGGAUACCGAAGUUUAUUUUAGUCAAUUGAAUAUUACUUGGAAAUGA